CUGCCUCCUCCCUCCAGCCCGGACUCCCCUGAAAUAUGUUCUGGGGCGCUUGGAUGUGGCCCGAGAAAGACGCCGCCGCGCUGACUAUCUGCUGCUGCUGCUGCUGCUGGGCUCCGAGGCCGAGCGACAAACCUUGCGCCGACUCUGAGCGGGCGCAGCGAUGGCGACUGUCCCUGGCGUCCCUGCUCUUCUUCACCGUGCUGCUCGCUGACCAUCUGUGGCUGUGCGCGGGGGCCCGGCCCCGGGCCAGAGAGCUGAGCAGCGCCAUGCGGCCGCCCUGGGGGGCCGGCCGGGAGCGGCCACCGGUGCCUCCUCGAGCGCUGCAGCCACCGCCGUCGUCGCUGGGUGAGCCCAGAGCACCCCCGGGCUCCUGCAGCCCCCGAUACAGCAACCUGACCAAAGCCGCCCCCGCCGCCGGCCCCGGGCCGGUCUGCGGCGGCAUCCCCGAGCCAACGGGGCUGGAUGCAGCUUGCACCAAAUUGGAAUCUUUGCAGAGACUUUUCGAACCGACUACCCCAGCCCCCCCUCUUCGGCCCCCUGACUCCCCUUCCCGUGCCCCGGCCGAGUUCCCCUCCGCCAAGAAAAACUUGCUCAAAGGCCACUUUCGGAACUUCACUCUCUCCUUUUGCGACACCUACUCGGUCUGGGACUUGCUGCUGGGCAUGGACCGCCCCGACAGCCUGGACUGCAGUCUGGAUACCCUGCUGGGGGACCUGCUGGCUGUAGUGGCCAGCCCAGGCUCCGGGACCUGGGAGGCAUGUAGCAACUGUAUCGAGGCUUACCAGAGACUGGACCGACAUGCUCAGGAAAAAUAUGACGAGUUCGACCUCGUGCUGCAUAAAUAUUUACAGGCAGAAGAGUACUCCAUCCGGUCCUGCACAAAAGGCUGUAAGGCUGUCUACAAGGCCUGGCUGUGCUCAGAAUACUUCAGUGUGACCCAGCAGGAAUGCCAGCGCUGGGUGCCCUGCAAGCAAUACUGCCUGGAGGUGCAGACCCGGUGCCCCUUUAUCCUCCCCGACAAUGAGGAAAUGGUAUACGGAGGGCUCCCUGGUUUUAUCUGUACAGGGUUGCUGGAUACUUCACCAAAGCGGCCGGAAACCAAGUGCUGUGACGUGCAGUGGGUCUCUUGCGAAUCGGAGAAGAAGAAGUUCAAGGAGUCUGAGACCCCCAAAACCCACCACCAGCAAUUCCACCACUCCUAUUUCCACCACUACCACCAACAGUACCACCACUACUAUCCCCGCCAUGAUCCCCCAGGCCGAGUCAGCCACAAGCCCUCCCUGCUGCCAGUCUCUGGGGGCUCCCGUCUCAGCCCCAGCAGGAUCCGGCUCUGUGUCCUUGUCCUCAUGCUCCUCCAUACCAUGGUGUCCUUCUCCAGCAACCAGGGUGGUGGGGGACUGGGGUUGGAGACAUUGCCUGCCCUAGAGGAGGGCCUGACACAAGAAGAGUGACAGGGGUAAGGGAGGACAGACCUCCACCACACACUGACAUCAGCUCCAGCCCCCCCCCAGGUGGGGGGGAGGGAGCUCCUCCCAUGGGAGGACCAGGUGGGAAGGUGGGGGAAACGGGGGUCAAAUUAGCCCCCAACCUACCCCCACACCCAAAGCAGCUCCAACAGAAUGGCCAGAGGGCCCCAGGGAGCUAUAAAUUCAUCCCGGAGUAAAAGAUAGGAGCAGCAGGUGCCCCCUCCCAAGCCCCACCUAUGGGACUUAGCAAAAAAAAAAUAGGGGGAGUGGGGGCUGGAAUUGCCCACCCCUGCUGAGAGCCCUGACCCCAGGGAAGGAGACUGCUCACCCAAUCUCAGCCCUGCAGGGAAUGUUGGGGGGCAUAGAGGGGAGAAACUCUUUUCCCCCUCAGCAUUCCUUUUGUUGCCAAGAUCCUUAAUUCCCUCCUGCCCAUAUCCCUAAAGGCAACGGCAGACAGUGCAAUUGCCCUCCUGCCACUUCAGUGCCCCUUGGCCCAUGUGGGGCUAUCAGAAGUGAAGUGUCAGACUGGAAGAUGAGGUGCGCACAGUUGCAGCUGUAUUGGGGCUCUGGUUAAGCUGUGCCCUUAACCCUCUAGGCAAUGAGGGGUAGUGCUGGGGUAUGAAAUGAAUGGUGAAAGAGAAUGAAGAUAGGGGAAGAAGAGGACAGGCAAGAUUCAAACUGGGGGCCUGAAGAAAUGGCCAAAUUGGCUCCAGCCACCUGGC